AUGGCUCAAGCUCCGACCGGGACUUUCCAGGUGCAUUACUUCGCCAGUGCAUCGAGCUAUACGAACCGACAAUCAGAGUCUCUGCCUGCACCACUGCCGUUGGCUAAAUUGUUUGACGUCUUGGAGUCCAAGUAUCCUGGGAUCGAAGCAAAGGUUUUGACGAGUUGUGGGGUUAGUGUUAAUGUGGAAUACGUGGAUGUGGAGGAGGAGAAACUGAAACUCCGCGAUAUGGAAGCUCAAGAUGGGCAAAGAAGCGACUUGGUGAUUAUCAAGGAGGGUGAUGAAGUGGCUAUCAUUCCCCCUGAUUACAUCCUUGGAUCAUAUUGUUAA